GCCGCUGGGGUGAGGCUGGCGGCGUCGCUCCCCCUCCUGGCUGCUCGGGGCUGUGUCUGUCUGUGAGUGGCGCCGGCCGGGGUGAUGGCGGUGGAGACUCUGUCCCCAGACUGGGAGUUUGACCGCGUGGAUGACGGCUCACAGAAAAUUCAUGCUGAAGUCCAACUUAAGAAUUAUGGGAAGUUUCUUGAGGAAUAUACAUCCCAACUGAGAAGAAUUGAGGAUGCUCUGGAUGAUUCAAUUGGUGAUGUUUGGGAUUUCAACCUUGACCCUAUAGCAUUAAAGCUUUUGCCUUAUGAACAGUCUUCCCUUUUGGAGCUCAUCAAGACUGAAAACAAGGUCUUAAACAAAGUCAUCACUGUUUAUGCUGCACUUUGCUGUGAAAUCAAGAAGUUAAAAUAUGAGGCGGAAACCAAGUUUUACAAUGGUCUCUUGUUUUAUGGAGAAGGUGCUACAGAUUCUAGCAUGAUGGAAGGUGAUUGUCAAAUUCAAAUGGGAAGAUUUAUUUCAUUUUUACAGGAACUCUCUUGUUUUGUUACGAGGUGCUAUGAAGUGGUGAUGAAUGUGGUGCAUCAAUUGGCUGCCCUCUACAUCAGUAACAAGAUUGCACCGAAAAUCAUAGAGACAACUGGUGUUCAUUUUCAGACUAUGUAUGAGCAUUUGGGAGAACUGCUAACAGUUUUGCUCACCCUGGAUGAAAUUAUUGAUAACCACAUCACACUGAAAGACCACUGGACUAUGUACAAAAGGUUAUUGAAAUCUGUCCAUCACAAUCCUUCAAAAUUUGGAAUUCAGGAAGAAAAAUUAAAGCCAUUUGAAAAGUUUUUGCUGAAGCUAGAAGGACAGUUACUUGAUGGAAUGAUAUUCCAGGCAUGUAUAGAACAGCAGUUUGAUUCUCUAAAUGGAGGAGUGUCUGUGUCAAAAAAUAGCACUUUUGCUGAAGAAUUUGCACACAGCAUUCGCUCAAUUUUUGCAAAUGUGGAAGCCAAACUUGGAGAACCUUCUGAAAUUGACCAGAGAGACAAGUAUGUUGGAAUUUGUGGACUGUUUGUACUGCACUUUCAAAUUUUUCGAACUGUUGAUAAAAAAUUUUAUAAGUCUUUAUUGGACAUUUGUAAGAAGGUACCAGCCAUCACUCUAACUGCUAAUAUUAUUUGGUUUCCUGAUAAUUUUCUGAUCCAGAAAGUAUCAGCAGCUGCCAAACUUCUGGACAAAAAAAGUCUUCAAGCCAUUAAAAUACACAGAGAUACUUUUCUACAGCAGAAAGCUCAGUCUCUUACCAAAGAUGUACAGUCUUACUACAUCUUUGUGAGCUCAUGGAUGAUGAAAAUGGAGUCUAUUUUAUCUAAAGAGCAGAGAAUGGAUAAAUUUGCUGAAGACCUCACCAAUAGAUGCAAUGUUUUUAUACAGGGCUUCUUGUAUGCAUAUGGUAUUAGUACCAUUAUUAAAACCACAAUGAAUCUUUACAUGUCCAUGCAAAAGCCAAUGACUAAAACUUCAGUUAAGGCAUUGUGCAGGCUAAUUGAACUUCUCAAGGCAAUAGAGCAUAUGUUCUACAGGAGAAGCAUGGUUGUGGCUGAUUCAGUUUCCCAUAUAACACAGCACCUUCAACAUCAAGCUCUUAAUUCUAUUUCAAUAGCCAAGAAAAGAGUAAUUUCAGACAAAAAAUAUAGUGAACAGCGUCUUGAUGUGCUCUCUGCUUUAGUUUUGGCUGAAAACACUUUAAAUGGACCAAGCACAAAACAACGACGACUGAUUGUUUCUUUGGCACUAAGCGUUGGCACACAAAUGAAAACAUUUAAAGAUGAAGAACUCUUUCCCCUUCAAGUAGUUAUGAAAAAGCUGGAUCUUAUCAGUGAACUUAGAGAACGAGUACAAACACAAUGUGACUGUUGUUUUCUAUACUGGCAUCGAGCUGUCUUCCCAAUUUAUUUAGAUGAUGUAUAUGAAAAUGCCGUUGAUGCAGCUAGAUUACAUUAUAUGUUCAGUGCUUUACGAGACUGUGUUCCUGCUAUGAUGCAUGCAAGGCAUUUAGAGUCAUAUGAGGUACUUCUGGAUUGUUAUGACAAGGAAAUUAUGGAAAUUUUAAAUGAGCAUUUACUGGACAAGUUGUGCAAAGAAAUUGAGAAGGAUCUGCGACUUUCUGUGCACACUCAUUUAAAGCUGGAUGACCGAAACCCUUUCAAAGUUGGCAUGAAAGACCUUGCUCUCUUUUUUUCUCUGAAUCCAAUUCGAUUUUUCAAUCGCUUUAUUGACAUCCGAGCAUAUGUAACUCACUACUUGGAUAAGACUUUCUACAAUCUCACAACAGUAGCUCUUCAUGACUGGGCCACUUACAGUGAAAUGAGAAAUUUGGCUACUCAGCGUUAUGGAUUAGUUAUGACAGAAGCACAUCUUCCUAGUCAGACUUUGGAACAGGGCCUUGAUGUUUUGGAAAUCAUGAGAAACAUUCACAUAUUUGUGUCUCGGUACCUCUAUAAUCUCAAUAACCAGAUUUUUAUUGAACGAACAAGCAAUAAUAAACAUUUGAAUACUAUUAAUAUUCGGCAUAUUGCUAAUUCAAUUCGAACACAUGGCACAGGAAUCAUGAAUACCACAGUUAAUUUCACCUACCAGUUUUUGAAAAAGAAAUUCUAUAUCUUUAGCCAGUUUAUGUAUGAUGAGCAUAUCAAAUCCAGAUUGAUUAAAGAUAUUCGGUUUUUCAGGGAAAUCAAGGACCAAAAUGAUCAUAAGUAUCCUUUUGAUAGAGCAGAAAAAUUCAAUAGAGGCAUUAGAAAACUUGGAAUCACACCAGAGGGACAGAGCUACCUUGAUCAGUUCAGGCAACUUAUCAGCCAAAUUGGUAAUGCUAUGGGCUAUGUACGAAUGAUAAGAUCUGGUGGUCUUCAUUGUAGCAGCAAUGCCAUUAGAUUUGUACCUGAUCUUGAAGAUAUUGUAAAUUUUGAAGAAUUAGUAAAAGAAGAAGGUCUUGCAGAAGAAACAUUAAAAGCGGCAAGGCAUUUGGACUCUGUCCUCAGUGAUCAUACACGAAAUUCUGCAGAAGGUACAGAAUAUUUUAAAAUGCUUGUUGAUGUUUUUGCACCGGAGUUUCGAAGGCCCAAGAACAUACAUCUUCGAAAUUUCUAUAUCAUUGUUCCUCCUCUAACCCUCAACUUUGUAGAACAUUCCAUUAGUUGCAAGGAGAAAUUGAAUAAAAAAAAUAAAAUUGGAGCUGCCUUUACUGAUGAUGGUUUUGCUAUGGGUGUGGCUUACAUCCUAAAGCUUUUGGAUCAGUACCAAGAGUUUGAUUCGCUUCACUGGUUCCAGUCUGUUAGAGAGAAAUAUGUAAAGGAGAUAAGAGCAGUUGCUAAGCAACAGAACAUACAGUCAACUAGUCAAGAUGAAAAACUACUACAAACCAUGAAUCUCACUCAGAAGCGACUGGAUGUCUAUCUACAGGAGUUUGAAUUGCUGUACUUCUCACUGAGCAGUGCAAGAAUUUUCUUCAGAGCAGACAAGACUGCAGCUGAAGAGAACCAAGAAAAGAAAGAGAAGGAAGAAGAAACUAAAACAGGCAAUGGAGAUGUGUCUGACAGCACUGUGACUGCUGAUCCUGUUGUGAAAUGAGGUUGAAGUCAUCAAAGUUGGGCUCAUAACUUUUACCACUGAAAUGGACGUAUAAGCUGUUAUGAAUUGUUUCCUGGGACACAUAUCUGGAAGGUAUUUACACAUUGCAGCUCUUUAAGGCAGCCCUCUAAAGUUCAAAUUUAAAAAGUUCUACUUUUCAAAGGCUGAGAAUAAGAUUUUAAAAUUGGAGUUUUGCUUGGACCUAAAGCUGGAAGAUGUUCUUAGGAGCAGUUAUUUAAAAUGAAGUCAUAGCAGGGCAGAUCUGAAUUCCUAAACUCUCGCCUCAGAGCUCUUAUAAUCUUGUGUGUAAUUCAUAUUUACACAGGUCUUUCAUCAAUAUUUAUCUCCAGUCAUUGCAAAAUCAGUGCAUAUAUUUUAUAUAGCCAGUAAAUAUAUGAUAAAACAAAGAUUUGAGCUUGAAAUUCAUGAAGCAUACAUAUUAAUAUGCUUAUGA